AUGAGCUUGCUCGAGCGCCUCUCCGAGGAGGUCCGCGCUAUCAAGGCCGCGGGCACGUACAAGACGGAGCGCGUCAUUUCGUCUGCGCAGGGCGCCACCAUCACGGUCAACGGACGUGAAGUGCUCAACUUUUGCGCCAACAACUACCUCGGGCUCAGCAACGACCCCGCGGUCGUGGCCGCGGCGAAAGCGGCGCUCGACUCGCAUGGCUUUGGCUUGAGCUCCGUGCGCUUCAUCUGCGGCACGCAGGACAUCCACAAGCAGCUCGAAGCAGCGAUCGCUGCCUUCCACGGCACCGACGACGCGAUCCUCUUCCCGUCGUGCUUUGAUGCGAACGCCGGCCUUUUCGAGGCCAUUUUAGGCCCCGAGGAUGCUGUCAUCUCGGACGAGCUCAACCACGCGAGCAUCAUUGAUGGCAUCCGCCUCUGCAAAGCGCAGCGCUUUCGCUUCAAGCACAUGGACCUCGCCGACCUCGAGGCGCAGCUUCUUGCGACGCAGCACUGCCGCACGCGUCUCAUCGCGACCGACGGCGCCUUCUCCAUGGACGGCGACGUUGCGCCCCUUCAAGGCAUCUGCGACCUCGCCGACAAGUACAAGGCGCACGUGUUCAUCGACGAGUGCCACGCAACGGGCUUCUUUGGGGCGACGGGCCGCGGCAGUGAUGAGUACUGCGGCGUGCGCGGCCGCAUCGACAUUAUCAACUCGACGUUGGGCAAGGCGCUCGGCGGCGGCACGGGCGGCUACACGACGGGCCGCCAAGCCGUCAUUGACCUCCUCCGGCAGCGCGCGCGGCCGUACCUCUUCUCCAACUCGGUCGCGCCGGCUGUGGUGGGCGCGUCGCUCAAGGUCUUUGAGAUGCUCACGCAGUCCAGCGCGUUUGUCGACAAGAUCCGCGCCAACACGCACCGCUUCCGGGACCGCAUGGCCGCUGCCGGCUUUACCCUCACGGGGGCUCGCGACCACCCGAUCGUGGCCGUGAUGCUCGGAGACGCCCGCGUCGCCGCCGACUUGGCCGAGCGCAUGCUCGACCAAGGCAUUUACGUCAUCGGCUUUAGCUUCCCGGUCGUUCCCAAAGGCAAGGCGCGCAUCCGCGUCCAGCUUUCGGCCGCCCACUCGCUCGACGACGUCGACAAGUGCGUUGACGCGUUCAUUGCUGCAGCCCAGAACGCCAAGCUCUAACAAGGUCACCGCCUAGAACGUGCAACAAAGUUGAGAGAGCAUUGCGCCUUUGACUCGUGCC